GACGAGUUCAGCUCGACAAUGGAUAAAGAACACUGUGCCUGAAUUCAUUCGUCCUUCGACUUUGAUUCAAGUGGAGAAGUUGGAAGUAUCUUGCGUAGAACAUGUUAGCAAUGGUACCGAAACCAUAAACUCUGACAAUCACUCAAAUAUGAAGUCAGUUAUCCUGUUGGCACUCUUUGGCGCCGUAAUGGCCAUCGGUAAAGGCGGUUCCGGUAGUGGCUACGGCGGUGGAUACGGAGGUGGAUACGGUGGCGGAUACGGAGGCGGCGCUGGCGGUGGAACCGGUGGAGGAGUUGUCAUCGUAUCUGACGGCGGAAGUGCCGGCGGUAUGGGUGGAGGAUACGGAGGCGGCUACGGUGGCGGAUAUGGUGGCGGCUACGGAGGCGGUAUGGGAGGUGGAAAAUACGGCGGCGGUAUUGGUGGCGGAUAUGGCGGUGGAUACGGAGGCGGUAUGGGUGGUGGCAGCGGAGGUGGAGUUGUCAUCGUAUCUGGAAGCGGAAGUGGCGCGGGUAUAGGAGGCGGAGUAGGAGGCGGAGUAGGGGGCGGUGUAGGAGGCGGAAUCGGUGGAGGCUAUGGCGGCGGCUAUGGUGGCGGUUAUGGCGGUGGUAUGGGUGGUAAAUACGGAGGUGGUAUGGGAGGCGGUAUCGGCGGCGGUGUCGGAGGCGGUAUCGGAGGCGGCAUCGGAGGCGGUAUCGGCGGUGGUGUAGGAGGAGGAUAUGGUGGCGGUUAUGGCGGAGGUAUGGGUGGUAAAUACGGAGGUGGUAUGGGAGGCGGUAUCGGCGGCGGUGUCGGAGGCGGUAUCGGAGGUGGCAUCGGAGGCGGUAUCGGCGGCGGUGUAGGAGGAGGAUAUGGCGGUGGAUACGGUGGAGGUUACGGAGGUGGUAUCGGAGGAGGUAUGGGCGGAGCAAGUGGAGGUGGUAUUAUCAAAAUUAUCACUGGUGGUGGCAUGGGAGGCGGAUACGGAGGUGACAUAGGAGGCGGUGUUGGAGGUGGUGUAGGCGGCGGUGUUGGAGGUGGUGUAGGCGGCGGUAUUGGAGGUGGUAUGGGUGGAGGUGUUGGAGGUGGUAUAGGUGGCGGUGUUGGAGGUGGUAUGGGUGGCGGCUACGGUGGCGGAUAUGGCGCCGGAAUGGGAGGUGGUGUUGCCCUUACAAAAUCAUAUUAAAACACUAUAAGACAAUCUGACGAAGGAAUAUAAAAACUGACAAUGUUUUAUGGAUGCGCUAUGACAUCUCACUAUCCCGACGGAAUGCCGACAGGAUCGUUUUACCGACGAGAUCAAUUUUUCAUGUAUGCUUAGUUUUUAGAUUUUUUAUAUACAACUCUUGUUUCAUAUUAUUUUUUGUUGUUUGUGUAUGGAAACACUUGCUUAUAUGUAAUAAAGUAUUAAUAAAAACUAA